GCACAAACUUAAGACAGUUCCAAAAGACAAACGGAAGACGAACAAGUCUGUUGCGAAUUUUUUUUCAAACAUGUCUCGUAUUUUGAAGCUAGCUCUUGUACCGGCUUUGAUACAAGUCGUCCUAUUUUCAGUCGCUGUCCAGAGUCGUGUCCCCGCUAAGAUAAUAUCGGAAAGCAUCGGGAUAGUUAAGUCCAUGGCCCCUGCUAUGAUCAGUGCAUCAUCGAGCGACCAUGUGUCAUAUGUGAUGAGCCAGGGUAAAUGUAAGGAGGUAACCGAGGACGCCACUCGAGACUGUAGAUGGCCAGCAGGGUUGUAUCCCUUUGUGGACCAGCUGGUGAAGGGUGGAAGAAUCAUUGCCUACAAGAUCCGCUGGUUCAACGGCAGCUGGUCAGGCUGGUAUGUUCCAGGUGUGAAUGACAUUGACGGAAAGUUUAACCCAUCCAGCCGAUCGUGUUCACUGCCAUACCUAAGGAACUCAAUGAGAAGAAUGUGGUCAUACUUCUACGACCACACACAUAAAUAUAUUAUCUGUACGCAUUAAAGGAAAUAAAUUUGUACAUAUCAUUUUUGUAUAAACUUUUAAUAAACCAAAUAUGUUUUUUGUGA